AUGUUUCACUGGCUCCUCUUGGCCGACGUCUCUCCGCUCCUCUCUCGCUUGCCCUUUGCAGACCUUCUCUGGCCUCCCGUGCUCGUUCCGCGCCGUACACCAAGCUUCCGCCCUCCGCUCUGCUCUCUUGGCGACUCCCUUCCGCCUCGCGGCGCCUUUCCCUUGGCCCUCCCCAUUCUUCCGCACGUCUCCAUUGCUGCGUGGGCGGGUCGUGCAUCCUCCGCCCUUCCCACCUUCUGGUGUCACGCUGCUGCCACCUCUCUGGCGACGGUGACCAGGUGCCUUCCCUCCUACUGCGCUGCUGGAGGCACUCGGGCGAGUGCCUUUCCCUUCCGUAUUUCUCCCUCCGCUGGCGGCGCCACUCGGGCGAGCGGGACCCGCUGCUAUCCCUCUCCUCUCUCUGCCUCGGCCGACCCGGCGAACGCCCCACGCUGCUGCGUUCCCCGUGCUGCUGACCACAGCGCUCCUGUGACCACCGCUCCUCCCCGUGCCUUCCUUCCUGGCGCCAGUGCGGCUCAUGUGAGCGCGACUCAUCCUUCCAUCUGCCACCGCACGCACGCCGCUGUUCUGGCGAAUGCACACCGCCGCCGCUCCAGCCGCUCUGCUCCUGUCGCCUAUCAUACGGGCGGAAGUCGCCUACGCUCCAUUCUCCAUGGUGCGGAUCCUUCUCCUGCGUGCACGACCGCUCCGCCUUCCCCUUGCCACGCGGCCUCUGCGCCAGUGCAUCUCGAACGCCCUCCUCUGGUGUCACUCACUCCUGGCGAACGCAGCCCCCGAUUCUUCGGCUGCCGCCUGGCUUGCGCCAGCGCUCUCGUCAGCCUGCGCGGGUUCAGCCUCACCCGCUCCCGCUGCCUGGUCGUCGCCGUCAUUUCCUUCAUCGGCCUCCUCGACCUGCAGCCCCAGGUUGUCCUCAUCUUCUUCCGCACAGUGCCCCCCUGCCACUUCCUGUGCCGCAUUCUCUUGCAAGAUCCCCACUCGGUCAUCGCCGCCUACGUCUCCUCCCCGUCCCCAGGGAACUGGACCAACUAG